AUGGGCCCUCCCACGCCCAACGGCACGGCAUGUGGACGCCAGGUGCAGAUCAUGUCCGAUCUCCAUCUGGAGCUGAACCGGCAAUACGACACUUUUGACUUCGAGGUCAAGGCCCCCCUGCUCGUGCUGGGCGGCGAUAUCGGCCGCAUGGUCGACUACGACGCCUUCCUGCGCUUCCUGGCCCGGCAGACGGCGCGCUUCGACAAGGUGUUUCUCGUGCUGGGCAACCACGAGUUCUACGAGAUGAGCUACAGGGCGGGCAUCGAGAAGGCGCGCCAGAUGGAGAAUGAGGAGGUGCUCGCCGGCAAGCUGGUGUUGCUGGACCGCGACCGCUGGGACGACAAGACCUCCCGGUUGACCAUCCUGGGCUGUACGCUCUGGUCCGACAUCCCGCCCGAGGCCGAGGCCGACGUCACUCUCCGCGUGUCCGACUACAAGAUGAUCAAGGGCUGGAAGGUGUCCAACCACAACGACUGCCACGCGCGGGACGUCUCGUGGCUCAAGGCGACGCUCACCGAGCUGGACACGCUGCCGCCGUGCACCGAGGAGCGGCAGAUCCUGGUGGUGACGCACCACGCGCCGUGCGUCAAGGGCGCGUCGCGGCCGGAGCACGAGCGCAACCCGUGGCAGGCGGCCUUUGCGACCGACGUGCUGCAGCACCCGGCGUUUGCGCGCGUGGCCUGGUGGAUGUUUGGCCACACGCACUUUACCACGCAGUUCCAGCGCGGCGGCAUUCGUGUUGUUGCCAACCAGCGCGGCUACGUGCUUGGGUUCAAGGGCCCGACGUUGGAGGAUACUCGGGGGUUUGAUGCGGAGAGGGUGGUUGAUUUGUGA